AUGCGUCUCUCGGUCCUUGCCGCUGCCCUCGCGACGUACGCCUCCGCCGCGUCGGGGGCGCUGACGUGGUCGCUGCAGAAGGCGUCGAGCCCGACGGCGGACCAGGCGGACGCGUACGCCAAGAUCGAGGCGGCGAUGACGAAGGCGGUGGCGAGGUACCACCGGUUCACGGACGCGCGCAAGACGAUCCGGGUCUACUACUCGCCGGGGGUGCCGACGGCGGAGGCGAACUACAACGGCGACCUCCGCUUCGGCGCGGACCGGUCCUACAUGACGGAGCGCACGGCGAUGCACGAGAUCGCGCACACGCUCGGCGUCGGCCAGACGGCCGCCUUCGACCAGCGCUGCGCCGCCAACAACUGGCCGACGGCCACGCCGCUGCUCCAGUCGUGGGACGGCCCCAGCGCCAAGAUCAACUGCGGCGGCGGCCACUUCUGGCCCUACGGCCUCAACUACGAGAGCGAAUGGAGCGAGACGAACGGGAACCGCCACGUACAGCUGGUCAACGCUAUGCUGGCUGAUGGCAUGUGA